AUGACAAAAAUUGACAUAAAAAUAUCUUUACUGAACGGUCUUGUAAAAGAUCAGGAUAAGAUAAUAUCUGCAUAUCUUAGGUUCUGGAUGAUCUGUGAUGAUAUAGAAAUAUUUAUUUUUAAACAGGAUACAUUAAUUGUUUGGUCAGAAGCAGAGAACUAUGAUUUGGCUCUGAGUUUUCAGGAAAAAGCUGGCUGUGAUGAGAUCUGGGAAAAAAUUUGUCAGGUUCAAGGUAAAGACCCAUCAGUGGAAGUCACACAGGACCUCAUUGAUGAAUCUGAAGAAGAACGAUUUGAAGAAAUGCCUGAAACUAGUCAUCUGAUUGACCUGCCCACAUGUGAACUCAAUAAACUUGAAGAGAUUGCUGACUUAGUUACCUCAGUGCUCUCCUCACCUAUCCGUAGGGAAAAGCUGGCUCUCGCCUUGGAAAAUGAAGGCUAUAUUAAAAAACUACUGCAGCUGUUCCAAGCUUGUGAGAACCUAGAAAACACUGAAGGCUUACACCAUUUGUAUGAAAUUAUUAGAGGAAUCUUAUUCCUAAAUAAGGCAACUCUUUUUGAGGUAAUGUUUUCUGAUGAGUGUAUCAUGGAUGUCGUGGGAUGCCUUGAAUAUGACCCUGCUUUGGCUCAGCCAAAAAGACAUAGAGAAUUCUUGACCAAAACUGCAAAGUUUAAGGAAGUUAUACCAAUAACAGACUCUGAACUAAGGCAAAAAAUACAUCAGACUUACAGGGUACAGUACAUUCAGGACAUCAUUUUGCCCACACCAUCUGUUUUUGAAGAGAAUUUUCUUUCUACUCUUACGUCUUUUAUUUUCUUCAACAAAGUUGAGAUAGUCAGCAUGUUGCAGGAAGAUGAGAAGUUUUUGUCUGAAGUUUUUGCACAAUUAACAGAUGAGGCUACAGAUGAUGAUAAACGGCGUGAAUUGGUUAAUUUUUUCAAGGAAUUUUGUGCGUUUUCUCAGACAUUACAACCUCAAAACAGGGAUGCAUUUUUCAAAACAUUGGCAAAAUUGGGAAUUCUUCCUGCUCUUGAAAUUGUAAUGGGCAUGGAUGAUUUGCAAGUCAGAUCAGCUGCUACAGAUAUAUUUUCUUAUCUAGUAGAAUUUAGUCCAUCUAUGGUCCGAGAGUUUGUAAUGCAAGAAGCUCAGCAGAGUGAUGACGAUAUUCUUCUUAUUAAUGUGGUAAUUGAACAAAUGAUCUGUGAUACUGAUCCUGAGCUAGGAGGCGCUGUUCAGUUAAUGGGACUUCUUCGUACUCUAAUUGAUCCAGAGAACAUGCUGGCUACAACUAAUGUAAGAAAUUAUUCUGAGAUAAAAAUGUUUUGA